GUGCACUCAAAGUCAAUGAUUCCAGAUAACAGCUCAUUUAAAACACUGUCCAGGGAGGGAACAGAUCAUGAUUGCUACAGUCCUGUUUUCAGCCUGUAUACUAGCCUGCUUUUGUGUUCAUGGCAACGAAAGGUGGCAGGAGUCCAACCAGCCUCAGAAUGAAGUGAAGGAGAAUCUAAAGGAGUUCCCUGCGACCACAAUACACCCUGUCUUUCACUGCCCAGACAUGAGCCCCUCUCCCACGGUUCCCACCUCAGUGGAGUUGGUGAAAGCUGCAGAUAUCAAAGUCAUAGCAGCUCUGGGGGACUCUCUAACGACAGCUAUUGCUGCCAAUGGCUCCACCAUUCUGUCAGUCCCUGUUGAAUAUCGGCAUGUUUCAUGGAGUAUUGGAGGUUAUGGAACUUAUCAAGAUGUCAUCACACUUGCAAACAUUUUCAAGCUGUUUAACCCCGAGCUGCUGGGUCCGGCUCCACGGUGGACGCUCCAUGGCUUCCCUACUAGCAUCAAUGAGACAGGAUUCAACUUUGCUGUGACAGGACACAACUCUCUGAAUGUCUCUGACCAGACCAGACAUAUGAUCGACACGUUUAGGUCCUACCCAGGUCUGAACUACAAAGAAGAUUGGAAGCUGGUGACAGUCCUUAUUGGAAUGAAUGACAUCUGUGAUUAUUGUAAAAACAAAACUCUCUUCUCAGCGGACAACUUCAUCUACUACAUGACAGAGAUGCUUGACACAAUGAUGAAUGAGGUCCCUAGGAUGAUAGUGAACAUCGUUCAGAUCCUUCCCAUGGAGACUCUCAGAGAAGUUCAGAGGCCCUCCAUCGGCUGUGAACUCCAAAAGUGUGUGUUGAUACAGCCCUCUAUCCAAGGGGUGGGCAACUCCAGUCCUCAAGGGCCUGAUUGGGGCCCACCCCUGCUCUCUCCCAGCAUGCAGCCUUGGAGGCUGGAGAAGCUUCUGGAAAGCGACCGCUUCUUCAAAGAGGACUUUGCUGUGGUUCUGCAGCCCUAUCUUCAAAACGCCCAGCCACCAAGACUGCCUGAUGGACAAAUAGAUCUCAGCUUUUUCACCGCAGACUGUUUCCACUUCAGAGUGAAGGGCCACGAGGAGCUGGCCAAGGGUUUAUGGAACAACAUGUUCCAACCGGAGGGACAAAAAGAGUUGGUGUACACAUUCUCAAACCCUGUCAAACUCAUCUGCCCACCCAAGGACCAUCCUUACAUCUACACAAGACCCAGAGCUGUGUCUGCAGGACCACCACUGACCCUCCACAUGCCCAUGGUCAUCUCCCUUCUACUCCUUACAAUGUCUGCAAUCUACUGAUCUACAUGACUGUUUCCAAUGGGCUGAUAAUCUACAUGACUGUUUCCAAUGGGCUGAUAAUCUACAUGACUGUUUCCAAUGGGCUGAUAAUCCACAUGACUGUUUCCAAUGGGCUGAUAAUCCACAUGACUGUUUCCAAUGGGAACAAAGUGAGACAGGGAACAAAGUGAGGAGCAGACAGAUAUAGAGGGGUAAUCAGGGCGUAAUCAGAGGGGUAAUCAACAAAGUAAUGGAGUCCAAUAUUGCGCAGCUGCACGUAAUGAUGGUGACAGGUGUGUGUAAUUAAGGGCAGCCUGGCACCCUUGAGCGCCAGAGAGGGGGAGCGGGAGCAAGUGUGACACAGAUCAGCUUUGCAAUAAAUAACUUCAGCCAGACCCCCUUUCACUCGCAGAGGGGAACUGGUGGGGGGUUGACAGCUCACACCUUGUUGUAAAUCAAAGACAAGAACAUUCAACUAUCUCCCUCUUCAAAUUCACCAGAGGAAUGGAAUGUGCCUUUGUCUACACAGACAUUUUCCCGCCAAAACUUGAAAACGUUCUAAAGCGAAUACUGGAACAUUAUUUCUAACAGAACGUGGUGUCAGAGGCGAUCUAAAGAAUAAUAAUGUGAUUUGGUUGUUAUUUUGUGAUGUCAUUAAAAAUAUUAUAGAGGAAAUACUGUAAAUUGAAAAGUAUACACAGUACAUGUAUGAAGUUUCCAUCCUCUAUGUUGUGUACUAAAUAUGAACAAUUCUGAAAGUGUUUUUGCUAAGAGAGGGAUGUGACUGGUAGUGUAUUGUAGUCCUUCCUGUGCAUGGACAAAAUACAAAAUUAGGCCUUACUGUUGAAUUCAGUCUACAUUAAUUAAGUAGCAAAUGACGUUAUACACCAAUAGAGCUGUAGGCAGGAUUAUCGUUGAGACUAUGUCUGUGUGUUUCCUUUUGACCCAGAAAGCAGGGAAAGAUUGACUCCGGUGUUGUAUACCUGACAAAGGGUCAGAGUGUGUAGGAUGAAUUAUUACGUUUCCAGAGCUAGGACAUGAGAAAAUAUAUUUGUCAAGUAGUCUCAGCGAGUAUUAAUUUCUAGAGCUAGGACAAAAGGGUCAGCCGAUUUAAGGAAAUUUGAGAAAUAUAUUUGUUCACUUUAUCGUUUACACCUUCUGUAUCCUGUGCAUGUGACAAAUAAACUUUGAUUUUAUUUGA